AGGAUUUAAACUAGUCCACUUUCGUGUGUCGUUUAUCGGUCACAUGUUUCUAUGGAAACGAACCAUUCCACUGCCCUGUAAAAUGGGGGAGACCAGGAAGUGUUACUUGUUGACAGUUAAUUAUUUAUUUGACAUUAUAAAGAGCGAAUUCGUCGUGGAAAAUAGUUGAUGAUUGCUUAAAAUAUGUUUAGCUAACAUGUUAAUGUGGUUUAUUGAUAUUUUUAUAAUGGGUUUUCUUACGUGAUAGCUAAAUAAAACCCCAUUAACGAGCACAUGGACAAGUCCUAAUCGCUUAUUCAGAGGAAAUUGAGCAAAUGUGCAUGGUUCUUAUUUCUCGUGUGUUUUAUAAAACGCGUUUUAGAGCUCAGGUGUGUUCCUGAAUGGCCACUGGACGUGGUCAGUUCUUGCUGAGUCUGAGGCAGGGGUUGGAGAGGAUUCAGCCAGGUAGACACGGAGGAAACUCAGGAAGAAACCAAAAGGAAAAACCUGCACGUGAUGGCCGCAGCAGCAGGAGCAUAUGUAGGGAUGAGCGCACCAAGCCACCUCCACCACCCCCUCAAGUAGUAUGUUGCUCUGCCCAGUCCUGGUCCCAGCCCCUUCCUUCCUCCCUCUGUGGGGAAAAUUACUUUAAAAGCUUGCCACCUGAGAUCAUCCUGAAGAUUUUCUCCUAUUUGGACGCGGCGUCUCUUUUCUGCGUCGGCUUUGUUAACCGACAGUUUCGAGAUCUGGCGGAUGACAACAUGAUGUGGUACGAGUUAUACUCCUAUGAGAUGGGCAGGAGGAAGUGGAGGCCGAGGUUGUGCGAGACGCCAGACUCUGUGAGCGCCGACGUGCAGGAUGUCCCGGCGGCGGUGUGGAAGAGGCUGCUGUUCAGAAAAAUGGGCUGCCAUAGCGAUGCGGUGUGGAAGAAGGAGCUGAGACACGUGAACCUGAGCACGGGCAUGCCGCAGCAAACCGAGCAGGUCCUCAGGAGUCUGCGUGUUGUCUGGGAGAUCACGCUGAUCUAUAGGCGAGGGAAGCAGAGCAUGUCCGAGCAUUCUCAGGCGUUUUUCUCCGACUCGUCCGUAACCGUGUGCUGGAGCGACGGCGUGUUUCCGAAAAUUCACAACGUCAUUAGCAUGCAGCUCCACGGAGUCCUGGGUUCCCCCACGACCACGCCAGCCAAGCCGCGGUGGCGCUCUCUGAUCUGUAAAACGCUGGUGAGACGGGUUGACAAAUGGAGGCAUAUCGGGACGGACAGGCUGGUGAAACUGUUCCAGUUUGAUGAAGGGAUCACUGUGGGAGUAUGGAGAGGCACGUGGGUGAUCGCCUUCAUCAUGGCCACCUUACACUUCCACAGACUGGUGGAGAGAAGUGUUCUCGGGUCUCUGUUCUGCCCCUACAGGCCAGAAGAGAUCAGCUUCCUGCAGACCGACGUGCUCCCGGGUAUCAGUGUUCCUGGUUACACAGUGCUCGUGCAGCUUCACAACUCAGUGAGACGCAUCAUGCAGUGCCGUUACUCGCCGGUGCUCUGUACCAGAGAUGAUCUCCAUAGCGAAUUCGUGCAACUCCGACCUGUUAAGUCCAGAACGUCUCAGAAGCGCACACCCAUCUUGGGGAAGAUCAGUUUCCCCUGGAAGGCCGGUGAGCUGCACGGAGAUGUCAAGGACUGCUGCAUGAUGACGGUGUCUGUGCUGGACGCGGCUCAGAGGCCGGUGUGGUGCAUCAGCUCGUCCGUGUCUCUCGUCCUCGGUCGCUCCAACGUGGUGUGCGAAACCUAUGACGGCGAGCAGUUUGUGCUGUGGUACAACGGUCCCGACGGGAAGCUGAAGAUGACCCUGGUGUGGAUGCAGGACCUGGAGAUGUACUUCCUGAUCAACCUCCACAUCUGGAUCCGCGUGGAGAAAGAAGACGCGUGACCUAAUUUAUGUAGACAUGUUAAGUUUGUUUUAUAGCUGGAUUUGAAAUCUACUGUUUUUAUUUGUUGGUUUGUUUGUUGCGUAGUUUAAAUGCCUAAAUCUGAUUUAGGAUCAUCGUCGCUCGUAUAAAGUUCCUUUUCAGAGUUGAUUUUCUUUCUUGCAGCUGGUUGGAAGAUUCAUUUUCUUGUGUUACGAAGUGAAUAAAGUGAGACUGUGGACACGUGA